CUCGCUUCUAGUGAAAAUGGGUUUUUAGCACACCUCUGACGUCAUCUGGUCAGCAUAUUGCCUCUAAUCAGAAGGUUGAAGGUUGGCUUGAAACAUUAAUCGGUGUUGGACAUCGGCGCGUGCUCAGGGGAUGGUGAUUGUGUUGUCAUGGUUUCAGUCAUGAUGUCGCCAGGUUUGAUACAGCAUCUUUCCGUGUGUCUUCAUCCGCAGUAAAAGCGCACUUGGGGAUGGAGAAAGCGAUAGCCUAAAGGAGCGCAAUUACUGCACACGGGGAGAAAUUACACCAGCUGGGCUUCAGUGUUCCUCUCUUCGCGCACCUGUGUUUUUUUUUUUAAAGGGACGUACCGUUUAUCAUGUCUGCGAAGGAAAGACUAAAAGGCAAGAUGACCAAAGACAGCGUUACCUUGCUGCCCUGCUUUUAUUUCGUGGAGCUCCCAAUUCUGGUGUCCUCUGUGGUCAGCUUAUACUUCCUGGAGCUGACAGAUAUUUUUAAGCCAGUGCGUUCAGGCUACAGCUGCAAUGACCGCAGUCUCAGCAUGCCUUACAUUGAGCCCACAAAGGAGGUCAUCCCCUUCCUCAUGCUCUUCAGUCUGGCUUUCGCCGGGCCAGCGGUGACGAUUAUGAUUGGGGAAGGGAUCCUGUACUGCUGCUUGGCCAGAAGAAACAUCGCCAUCAAAACAGAGGCUAACAUAAACGCCGCCGGCUGCAAUUUCAACUCUUACAUCCGACGAGCUGUGAGAUUUGUGGGGGUCCAUGUGUUUGGCCUGUGCAUCACCGCACUCAUCACAGAUAUUAUCCAGCUGGCCACAGGAUACCACGCCCCCUACUUCCUCACUGUGUGCAAGCCCAACUACACCAGCCUCAACACUUCCUGUGAUGAAAACUCUUUCAUUGUGGAUGACAUCUGCUCUGGGCCUGAUCCAGCAGUAAUCAACUCUGGCAGGAAGUCCUUCCCAUCUCAGCACGCCACUCUGGCAGCUUUUGCGACUGUGUACAUCUCCAUGUACUUUAAUGCCACUCUGACUGACUCAUCUAAGCUCCUGAAGCCACUCCUGGUGUUUUCCUUCAUCAUCUGCGGCAUUAUCUGUGGCCUGACUCGCAUCAUUCAGUUCAAGAACCAUGCCGUGGAUGUCUACUGUGGCUUUCUCAUAGGAGGGGGCAUAGCCGUCUACCUGGGUCUGUAUGCAGUUGGAAACUUUAAACCUAGUGAAGACACAUCUCUAAAGACACAUGUACAUCCUCCUCUCCGGCAACCACAGCCACCGCAACCUCCACCACAACCCCAGCCAGUGGUGCCUCCACCUGCCAUGCGGGAGCCUCUGAGACCUCUACCAAACCUGAACACAGAUCCACCACGCUUACUGCCACCUAAGAGCCUGAGCAUGCGGGAACGUCCUACCUCAGCUCGUUCUGAGAGUAUCCUGCUACGUGGCCCAUCCCACAGAGAGAACAUGUCCAAUUUGAAAAGGGCAAGCACAGAGGUAGAGUGCAUUACACCUCCCAGUCCCCUCUGCCAGGAGAGCUUUGUGACAUUCAGUAACACUCUGCCCCGCGUGCACUCAACUGGAUUCGAAGAACCGGUGCCUCGCCGCCAUGCUGCAAUCCAUGCCUCCAUGGACUCCACACGUUCCAAGCAACUGCUCUCACAAUGGAAGACCAAGAACGAGAACCGCAAGCUGUCUCUGCAGGUAAUGGAGGCUGAGGCUAGCCAGCUGUCUCCCCAGCGAAACAUGGAGCUCCGCUGCAGCUCUGAACCCUCAGCCAUGGGCUUAGAUGGUGAGCUCCGUGGUGGACCUCCUGGACAGUACAUGAAGCUAGCUGCUAGUGCUGUGCCAUUAGCCAAUCAUAAUAGCUCUGGUGGCCUAACUGGUGGAGCCAGGGUAUCGAUCCAGUCACGACCAGGAUCGUCCCAACUGGUGCACAUCCCUGAGGAGACCCAAGAAAAUGUGAGCUCCUCACCUCAUGAGAAUGGUAGGGAGGUGAAUGAUGGUGGGGGAGGGGGCGGGAAUGCACGGUCGAAAUGGCUGAAGGUGGCAGAGAAGAGCACCGCCUGUCGGACUAACAGCCAGCCACGUAUCAUGCAGGUCAUCGCAAUGUCUAAGCAGCAGGGCAUGUUGCACGACAGUCCUAAAAGUGAGGGGAGCACCGUCAGUUGUACCGGAUCCAUCCGUUACAAAGCCCUCAUGGAUCAGGAUCCCAGCGCGGGCAUUGUUCGAGUGGAGGCCCACCCUGAGAACAAGCCAGUGGUUAAACCACCAUCUACAGAUGGCAGCGGGUCCUGGAGGUGGAAACCGCAGGAGCGGUGCAGCAUCCGGCAGUCCCUUGAGCUCAACGACCUGAACCGGGACUCCGAAAGCUGCGAGUCAUUGAAAGACAGCUACGGCUCCAUCGAUGGCAACCGGAGCCUACCUGACAUGAGCAACCCCCAUCAUCCCCAUUUCCACCAUCACCACCACCACCACCAACAGAGUAUCACCACCAUCCGAGUCACACCGGUGGAAGCCAGCAGUGAAGCCACCUCAGAAACUCUCUCCACCACCUCCAGUCGAGACUCCACACUACGCAGGAAAGGCAACAUCAUCCUGCUGCCCGACAGAGGACCUAGUCCUGAUAAUGCCAGGAACCUGCCUCACUUUUUCAAACUCUCCCCUACACCUCCCCCCAUUUUGACUUUCAAGGAGUGAAAGAAAUCUCUUUCCUUACCAAUCCUCUAAGAGUUACCUUGCUCUCUGAACUGUGAAGACUGGAAGCUCUGUUAGGGGACUGCGUAAAGCCAGUGAUUCUGGACACAUGUACAUUCCCUGACCGUUAGACACAACUGCACUCUCCAGAACACGCAAGGCAACAUUGUGCAUUUUCAAUCUACAUUUUGUAGGCCUCGUUACUAUAACAUAAGCACAAAAUAUGAAAUUUGAGCCUGUUUGGUCAAGGUGAUUGUUUAAUUUGCCUAUCUCAUUCGGAUUAGCUUUAUUAUCGAAU